AUGCCGUUAUACAUGUUAGCAUCAACAACGCCGAGAAGCAGGGCAAGCGCCAGGUCAUUCCUUCGUCUAAGGUCAUCGUCAAAUUCCUUGAGCUCAUGCAGCGCCAUGACUAUCUCGGAGUUUGAAGAGGUUGAUGACCACUGUGGCGGCGAAAUUGUCGUCCAACUCAAUGGCCGACUGAACAAGUGCGGCGUCAUCAGUCCUCGUUUCAACGUGGCUCUGGGAGACCUGGAGAAGUGGGUUGUUCGACUUCUCCCUGCCCGCCAGUUCGGCCAUAUCGUGCUCACUACUUCCGCGGGCAUCAUGGAUCAUGACCAGGCUCGUCGAAAGCAUGUCUCGGGCAAGAUCCUGGGCUACUUCUACUAG